AUGACACCUCAGGUCAGCGAGCGGCCUCAUAGGUUAGCGCUGAUCCCUUCCUCGCUCCGCACCAUGAUCCUGAACCUGCUCAUCCCCGCUCUCAUCCUCGGUACGUCUCACCUACACUCAAACACGGCUUUUAUUUCACACACACAAGUCUGAGUUUUACUCUCGAGGAAUUUCCUGUUUUCUGGCUUUGCUGCUUGUUUCUAUAAGUGUCCAUUGUUCUCUCUGUGUGUGUGUGUGUGUGUGUGUGUGUGUGUGUGUGUGUGUGUGUGCCCGAUGAAGGAAAGAGGGCAAACAAACUGCUGCUGUGAGAGCCUCAAAAACUCCUUCAUAUCAUGUUCAUAUAAUUCACUGAAUCUUUGUCUGCAGGUGUGGUGGAGGCACAAACAGCCAACAGGACAGAGGGAGAGCUGAGCGGAGGUCAUGAGAACCAAACUUUCAUCACAUCCACGGCAGACUACAGUAAGAUAAUUCACUUUUACAACAUCUACUCUGAAACGUCUGAGUUAUCAGAGAGUCGUUUACAUUAAUUAAGUCCUUAGUUUAGAAAAUAUCUGAUCCUUAAAAGGCUUAGAAACAUCUUUUAAAUAAUUAUAAACUAACUCAAAGUGAAGAAACAGAAAAUUUCACGUUUGAAACUGAGGCUGUAAGCUGUCAAUUUUGGAGCAUUUUGUGAUUCAUAAAUGAUUUAAAUGCCAUUUUAUAUCAAUGUGCCAAUUAAUUUAGAGCACAACUUACUUUACCAAAAAUGAGAAAAACAAAACUGUAAUUUCUGGGAGGUUUUAAGUAUCAAACAAUUUCCCGUUUUUGCAGAAAAAUACUCACUGAAGCUUUAGCUCCAUUCGACCUUUUUAAGAUUUUAAACUAUGAACUUAUGUUGAAUAUAUCCGCUUGAAUGAUCAUUAAAAAUGCGUCUCCAGGUACACUAAAGCCUGGAAAUCUCACCACUACUUCGUACAAAGAUGAGCUUCACCGUAUUGAGGAAGAACUGCAGAACAACCAGACCACUGCUGUGAUCACUGAGGAGGACGGUGAGUAUUUGAGAGGAAACUUUCGCUUUUAUCACGUCUAUAUUUCCUGGAAUUCUUUAGCUGUUUACAGUAAGUGGGUCUGCAUGACAAUGAAAAAAACAUUACUGUGAUUAUAGGUAUUGCAUAAUGACAAAAACAGGUAUUCAAACAAAAGCUUUGAAACACAAUGAGACAUUUGAAUAAAACAAUUGUUCUAUUCUGAGCUCUGUUCUCGGCCUUCAAAUCAAAUCUCACUCCCACAUAAAUCAGGCUGAGUGAGCUGGGCUGUUAAUUUUCAAUUGUUAAUAUGGCUUCAAACAAUCAUAUACGAUUAAUAAUCAAGACUGUUAUUGUGCCGACUAUUGUGUUACCCCGACUACAUCCUCUACUUUAAAUGAAGCGCACCCUUCCUCUCUUCCUUUAAGGCAGAGCUUGAGUGUGGCCCCUCCCCUCGAGCAACUCAGGUCAAAGUGAGGCAAACAGAGCUCCUGCUGAGAUUAAUGAUGGAGAGAGGAGAGCAGGGAGAGGAGCAGGAGGAGGAUGAGAGCAGGGAGAGGAGCAGGUGUAUAAGUGUGUCUGAAAAGCCGAGGGACAGAAUGAGUACAACAAGAGAGGCUUAAAGGGAUAUUGCAGCGUAAAAUUACUUUAAAGUCAAACACAACGUAACACCAAGUUAGAUACCCCGGCGAGAGAUGAAUGUUGUCGACCGCUUGCUUCUCUAGUUAUACCAACUUUAGUAACGACCGCAGGAUAGCAAUACAGAGUGCCACACGCUCAACCAAAACGCCACUCUAUAGCCACAAAUAAUGCUUGGAACAGCACCUAACUUCAUCAACAGGAUAUAAAGGGCCAAACAUCUUUUUAACUUUGACUCAUUUCUUUAGCAAAGAGACUAAACACAACUCACCUACUCUCUCCCAGCAGCCGCUUGUUUGUACAGAGACCUCAGGCCAGUCCAUUACGGACUACAGCGGGGUGCCUCAGCUCAAGGAAGAACAUUUAUGAUCAUUUCUUUAUCAUUUCCUUGAAGUAAUAAUCACCAUAUUAAUCAUUUUUUACUGCAGACGCAGUGGUUCUUCUGCCUUAGCGUCUCGGUCUGAUUGCAUUUCCAUGAAGAAAUGAACGUAAAUGUUCUUCCUUGAGCUGCGUCACCCCGCUGUAGUUCAUACUGGACUCGCCCAGAGGUCUCCAUACAAACAAGCGGCUUUGCCAUUAUUGAGCAGGUUUACAUUAAGCUAAAGACACAGGUACUAUCAGCUUCAAAUUAGAAUUUAAAUAUUUGAAAAUUCAAAUAUUCUGAUGUAGGGUAUCACAGGGAGCCAAUGAGCUUUGCAUGCUUACCAUAUACUGUAGAGUUACAAUAAAAUGCCCUUGUUGCACUUAUAUACUUGCAUGUUUCUGUAUUUUUGUGUAUUAAUGAUUUUUUUUCUCCUGACUCUGCAGAGGACUUUCAAGACCAGGAGAUUAUGUUUCCAGGCAAACACUGCCAACAGGACAUGCUGGUAGACCUCGGCCACAUGUACUGUGGUGACCCUUUUCACCAGGAAAUGAAGUCAAUCAGCGCAGAAAACUGGUGUGAUCUCGAGAAAAUAAUCAGGUGAGGAGCGGCAAAAGACCGACAGGCCAGGAUAAUUGGGAUGACUAAGUAGUCAGGGCUUGACACUAACUUUUUUCACAUGAGCGCCUACGUUGAAAAAGUCAGGAGCCCACAGAACUUUAGGGACACAAUGAAAAUUGAUCAAAUAAUGUGUGUCUUUUUAGUUGAUUAAGUACUAUUAUCUGAAAUCAAUUUUAGGUCUUUUGGUCACAUGACAUGGAAGCUAUUGAAGAUAACAGCCUUUUCUGAAUACAUCAACCGGUAAUUUAUUGACGGUCCCUUAUUUAACACCCGACGUUGACAGUGAGGGUGUCGAGUAGAUUUAACCGCGCUGCUGUUGUUAUUCCCGGUUAUGGAGAGUGAGGAGACACCGGUAGAUCCACAGCAAAUGUCCGUCGAAUAUCCAACCUAAAACUAACCUCGCCGCGGUAUUUACGGGAAAAAACAUUUGUGGCCUUGACUGAUUUUUUUUUUUUAGCGCACAUGUGACCCUAAGUACAUUUUACAAUUCGCACACAUCUAUUUUUAGUCACACUGUGGAGCCCUGGUAGCUUAUUAUUGACAUUUUCAAUAAACAAUAAUGGAGGGACUGACUGAAAAUGAACAAACAUUAUAUGUAGACGCUGCCAGAGAGAGAGCCGUUGGCAUGCGCAUGCGCAGAUAAGUUGAGAACCGCUAUGUUCGGUAGCACAAUUUGUCAAACCACCUGUGCCAAAACCAGCCAGAAGAAAACAGGAGACAAAAGAUUAUAUUUUACUCACGUUGUUUGACGUAGAAAUGCAGGAGUGCAUUUUCUGACUUUGUCUUGUAGGCCAAAUCGUCAAAAUCCAGCAUUAGUUUAUGGAAAUUCCUCCUUCUUCCUCCGCAAGCUAGUCAACAUUAGCUAGCCGCCGUUGUCAUCCACUUCGACAUGCUAGCUGGUUAUCAACAAACUUACUACUUCCUUUGUUUAAUUAAUUUCUAAGUGGAAAAAAGUAAGACUCAAAUUUCAAUUUAGCUUUAAAGAAUCUGCUUCUGUCGAAUAACAGCGUCACAACGUCGCAAAAACGACUGACACACGUUUGUUAUCUUCUGAAAGUUAACUUUCCUCCUCCCGGUUACCUGCCAUAACCGUCUUAGAGUGCAGUACCCAUGUUUGACCACUCAUACAAGGAGUUGAAUUUAGGGGGGCGCUGUUUCACUAAUUUCAGCAUCAUUAAAUGGCUUCAACAACCAAUAGCCGGCAAAGUGUUGGUGAUUAUAAUAAUAUUAAAUUUAAUAAAAAUUAUAUAUAUAUAUAUAUAUAUAUAUAUAUAUAUAUAUAUAUAUAUAUAUAUAGAAAAUUCAUUUUAUGCCCCUUUGAUUCACAAAUACAGAAAAGUAUCUUCCUGUAAAAACCAACCUUUCUCUCUAUUUGCAAACAGGGACAAUAUAAACAUUACUAUUUUUAAAAAUUGGGUGUAAAUUUUCAGCGUUAUCAGAGUAAUAUUAAUCACCAAAGUAGUUAAGUUUAGUUGGAGUAUCAACAUAUAUAUGUUUUGUGAUUACUGAAACUUUUAAUCAUUUUCUCUAUUUCUAAUCAAUUACUCUGACUCGGUCGAUACAUUAUUAACAUUGACAUAGAAAGUUCGGUGUAGUCUAGAUGUUAAAUAUUUUUAAUUCAUAAUAGUUGGCUGAUAACUUUGGGAUUUUCUGCUUUUGAAAAGUCAUAAAAUGCUGUAAAAAAUUAAGUUGUCCCCUAACUGUUAUCAUAAUUAAUACAAGGCUUUCUCUUUCUGUAUCGCUGUUGCAGGCCGUACCACGAAAUGACAUUGUGCCUGGAGAAGCUGUCUAAUUUGGUCAACUGUUAUUACCCAAACUCCAACAUUCAGGACUUCUUCCUUGAAAUCCACUCCUUCUACUUCCACAACUGUUCCAACGAGGAGCUCCUGGUGGAUGCUCCUCAGGGUCUGGUGAUCGCCCUCACCGUCAUCCCUGUCAGCCUCAUCCCUGUGCUGGUUUACCUGGUGGUGUGGAAAAGUAAAGUCCAGGAAUGACACCUGAGAAAACAUGUUUUAUAUGAAGAUACGCUGCUUAGGUUUAGAGAUACAUUUUUAAAGUAAGUCUGGUUUGAACGGUUGGUAAGUUAUGCGGACAGCAACCUAAACUAGUGUGAAAAAUAUAAAUGUUUAUCUCUUUUUAUGUGUUUUUAUAUAUGUUUCAUUUAUUCUAUAUUAAAGGUUUCAAACUUGGGGAAAUGUGUUUGUUUGUUCCUAAUGAAGACUUGGAAAAAUUAGACCUCCAUCAGGUCAGUCCAUAAAAGUCACAUGCUGCAGAGAUCUAUGUUCCUGUUAGUCUUUACUGUAAAUUGGCAGUCAUACAGAGGCUUCACUCUGGUUUAUUUCAGGGGUUUGAACUUAAGAAGUAAAAAAAAGAUUUUCUUUUGGAGGUAGCCCUUUAUUGCCUUUUGUAUCAUAUUUGAUACAUACUUUUAUAAUACCUCUAUCAAUCAAUAUGAUCAACAAAUGACUAAAAAAACACAGUCCGAUAAAUGAUUAAAAUGUCCUCUUGUGGUUUAUCAGAUUCCAAAAACAUCUGAUGUAUCAAACGAGAUAAAUAUAUUUGUAAAAGUUUUUAGGACAUUUCAGCUGCAAAAAAAUUGAAUUUUUUGGCCAUAAUUUUUGGUUUCAGGCAUUAAAAGGUUAAAGGUUUUCCAUAAAACAGCAUCAUGAUGCAGAUUUCUUAAAAGUAAAAAUUCAAGCUUUGUCAAGUCUGUCCCCAAGAGGAAAAAAUAUAUAUUAUUAUUAUUAUUAUUGGUUAGAAUUAUAAUUUCUGACUCAUAUCAGGAUUGACACUGAUUAGCAAUUACAAUAAUCUAAAGCUGAUUUGCGCAAAAGUUGAAAUUUGUUAUCCAAAAAAAAAGCCUAUGCCCUACAAUGAAGAUUUAACUUUUUUAUUUUGUCACCAAGACCUGAGAUCAGGGAAAAGUCAGGCUAGCUCUUUUAGUAAUUGAUUCAUAAAGUCAAUUUUUCUACCCAGAGGAAACUCAUUGGUAUUCCCACGAGGUUUGGAAAACACAGAAACAAAAGAGGAUAAAAAGUUUGAAGGAAUGAUAACAGGAAAAAAAUAAACUGGUAAAAGUGUAAAUCCAACAUUUUUGAGGAAUUAACCUUGUAGUGAGUAGAAAUAAUGCUGGUCUAACAAGGUUAACUGUGGGUGCAAAUAGCUGAUCCCCCGAGGUGGCGCCACCCUGUGGCACUAUUUGGUACUGCAGAAGUUUAGACCGACUGUUACAAACUCAUGUGACUCCAUAGCUGCAUUUUCAGGCUUAAUAAAUAACUAUAGAUAAAUAAAAGUAGUAUAAUUUGCUCAUAAAAGGUCAUAUAGAGGAAUCUGUAUUAAUUUUAGCAUGUUUAUUUAACAUAAAAAAAAAAACCUUAUAGGAGCUUUAAAAUUUCCAGUUUCUGCCUAAAAAUAGUAAAAGUACUAAAAGUACCAGACUAUCGUUGCUCAGUUGGGACCAUGAGAGGUCAGCUUUAAUACAGACAAAAAUACACAGUAAACUGUCCGCACUGACCUAAAGCAGCAAACUUCUGCACACAGGAGUGAAAAGAAAUUCAGCAUCAUGAAGUCUUUGCUCCUGAAAUGAGGAGGUGUUACAUUUCUAACAGAGAUGGCAGCUCUGGUUCCUGUUCGCUCUGUUUGGGUUUGUUAACGUCUGUGCAAACUUUGCAGGAUGAGGCUUUGUUUCAGGAUAAGAGACUCUGACACAGAGAGUCCUCACAGGUCCAGAUCUCACCUGGGCUGAUUUGACGUGAUAAAGACUCUGUGAUGCUGUUGGUUCCUGAUGGGUCGUAAAGGCCUCUGCAGAUAAGAAGGAGAUGAAUCAUUAGCAAAGAGACUCACUAACACCAUCUCUGACGGUCCUCUGUAUGCACUGGAACGAGCUGUGAACACACACGGAUACACAAACGGGUUAUUAGCAUCAACCAGAAUGACUGUUUCCUUCUCCACCCUCGGUCACACUCUCCAUCAGCUCUUACAGACAGAGAAAACCUGCUUUAGUGGGAUGAUAUAAAGGUUUUUUAAGGAUAACUUUAGAGUCCUGUUAUAAGGAUUUAGACUGAAGUAAAGAGUCACGAGGAUCCACUGAAACAAUGCCAGUUUCACAGGCUGUUAAAACAAACAGUUUCCUUUCCUUUCUCGCACGUAUCGCUCUCACAUGUUUGUUGAUUCUCCGAGCACAGAAAGAGCAUUGUCUCUCUUAUCUCUCAGCCCCUCUUCUCACUCAGUGUCCUGCUGGUUUGCAGCAUGUUCCUACGUCUUCAAAUCAAACAGUUUUCAGACCAGGGGGUGUCUAAAUUUCAGAGUGCACAUCAUGUAACCUGCAAAAUAUAUCUACACGUGCAACGUCGCUGUUCUCUGUAUUAGCAUCAUAAUAAUCUGAGUUUUCUGGGAGUUUCAUUCAGCUUUAAAACCUUCAGGUGUCCUCAGAUACUCUCCAGGGCUCAGGUGUGUUAUUGUGUCUGAUUUUACGCCCUCAAAGUCAGCGAUAGAUCUUACAUUUUUAUCGAUUAAUGCCCUAACUUCAAGAUUUAGCCUCACUGGUGUUUAAUAACCUCUCAAAAGUGACUAAUUAGUCCAUUCCUGAUCUUAACACUCUCACGAGAGCUCAUCCAACAAACCAUUCAGAGUCAGAGUUUCCUGUGAAGUUCAUUCAUAUCCUGUUUGACAUCCUGAAUAAGAGGUUUGGUGUUGACAGUACUGUCUGGUCACAGCCAGGUGGAAACAUGUGGUUUUAUCUUCUCCUGUGAUUUGGAUGAAGAUGUAGCAGUAAAAUAAAUCAUAAACUGAGAGUGAGGAGUUUCAGUUUCACGUGAAAUCAGAAUCAGGGUCAUCGUCUGGGAAGUUUGGACUCGUGUUGGAGCCGGGUCGAUAAACUCAGGAUGACAAAAACAGAAAUAUAGAAAAGUAAAGCAGCUGUAGACAUAUACAGAUGAGUACAGAGCUGUAUAAACAGGACCUGAACAGAAUAUGUAAACACACAGGGAUCUGUGCAUUUGUGCAGGAAGCUACAGGAUGAUAUGAGCACAAAAACAACAAAGAGAGAAAUAUGACAGACUCUGUUCAGUGUGCAGAAAUGUCUGACUAUUACUGUGAUUUUACAUUAGAGCAUGAGAGAGAGAGGUUAUUGCCUUUUGUAUUAUUAUUAUUAUUACUGUUGUUGUUGUUGUUGUUGUUGCUCCCCCUGUUGGACUGUUGCAGCUCACAAACUUACUUUGUGCGAGAAUAAAAACGAGGAACACCCGGACGAUUAAAAAUGACAAAUGUACCAAAACACCCAAAACCCAGAGAUAUUUUUGAGGGGACAUAUAUUCCAACCAUCGCCCUGACAGCUGUCUCAUCCUGAUUAUUGUAUUGUAACGAAGGAACCAGAGAAAGUGUCCAUUUACUUUCAUCCAUAUUGUAAAAAAGACAAACUGCUGGAUACUUAGAGACCGUUACCACAUGGUGAUUCUGGACAACAGAGGCUAACAGAGGUCUCUUUAGGCCCCAUUGUCAGGUGAGAGAUAAGGUGUCCUCGGAUAAAAGCGUCUGUUAUUAGAGUUUCUCCUCCUGUGAGGUGUAAAGUCUUUUAAAGGGGGUGAGGGGCUUUAAAUGAGCGGUGGGUUUACACACGGAGGUCAGUCACCUCUGGACCUCUACAGGACGAACUACCAGGAUCCACACAGUUAACAAACACAGACUGAGGUGAGUUUGUUUGAUAUCAGUUUGUGCUGCUAAAAUAACGCUCUGCAGGAAGAUUUUUACUUUUUUGUAAAGUAGAGGAGCUCAGAUUACACUCCAACCCUUUAUUGAUAUUAUUAUACUGUAAAUAACAAUUAAAAAAGAUAUCUGAUUUCGAGUGCUCUAAAGAUUAAUGAUGUGAGAUCAGCACUUUUUUAGCGCUGAAGAAUGUGGAGUGAAAAGUUUUGUAACCUUACAUGACUUUGCACUGAAGUAAACUUGUUUAUGUUGUAGAUAUUUAUCAUCUGUAGAUAUGUAGAGACAUGUUCGGUUAUCGUUGAUGAUCCUGAUCAGAAAAAACACAGAAACUCUCUGCUGGUAAACUUUAAUCUGUCGAGGACCCGAGUCUCUGACAGAUUAAGACUCGAUUCAGACACGAAUCUGAAGAUUUUUGAGCAGAUUACAGAGAAAAGGGUAAUCUCAAAUCACCGGAUCAUGAUUUGACAUCUGUGUGUCUGUCUGUGUGUCUGUCUGUGCAGGUAAAAUGGUGGGUUAUCACUGCAUCCCCUGGAUUAAUACUCACACCUCCGGGUCGUACUCUGUGACUUCAGUCAAGCAGGAGCAGGAGAAGUGUGAGUCUUACAUUCAGUUUUUAUCACUUCAUCAUAUAUUUACUUCUAUAUCAUGUUAAUUCACACUCUGACUUUUACUAAUAAUGAUUCAUAUUCUUGUUUUUUCUGUAUUAAUUUUAGAAUGUUUUUUUAACAUUAAAAAACCCUUACGUAUAGGAGCUUUAAAAUUUUAAAAAGCUCCAGUUUCUGACUAAAAAUUUUAUUUUUAUUCUUCUUUGUUCUUUCAGCUUCAUCCUGCCUCAGAAAUAAAACCGCCUGUCAUCGCCUCUGUCAGACCCUCGCUCUGUCGGCGCUCUGUUUGCUGCUCUUCGUGGUCUGUGUGGCUCUUUCUGUCCUGUGUGAGUAGAUUCUCGGGUCAUAAGAGGUGAUAUAUCUGCAAAUUUAAGAUCUAAAAUGAAAUAAGACCUCUGUGGCUCACUAUAACCCAGGACUGGGAACACUGGGAGAGUCCAGUAUAAACACUGCUGAUAAACUUUUAUUAUAUGGAGGAGAGAUCUGUAAGCAGCCAGCAGGGGGAGCUCUACAUGUUUCAGCUCCUCUCUGUGAGAACUUUUUUUUUGCAUUAUAAAAGGAGUAUCCUCUGACUUUAGAGUAUUUCAAGCAGCAUUAAAACCAUGUUUGGGGUGCAAUACUGCCACCUGCUGGACUGGAGUGACUGGACUGAAGUAUCAUCGUUUAAAAGGAAGGAGCAGUUUGUGAUUGAACAUCAUGAAACCACAUCCAGACGUUGAUACUGAUCAUCUCAUCUCAGCCUCAGACGGACAAAAAUAAUCACCUUUUACAAAAUCUAAAGUUUGAACUCAUUCUGAAGUCUCCUUUCUGUGUCCUUCUCUUUCAGAUAACAGAGGAUCAGACGGUAAACCAGAGAGGAAAAGCUUCAUCCUUGAACUCCAGAACAUCAGCGACAGUCAGCACACGCUCUCUAAAGCAAACACUGAACUGAGACGAGACAACGAGGCUCUAAAGGAGCAGAACAAGAUCCUCAACAGGACUUCAGCCAAACUGCACUCUGUUACUCUCACUCUGAGUUUGGAAAGAUCUGAGCUAACAGAGCAAAUCCUGAAUCUGACUUCCACAAACUUACAGCUUUCACAAGAGCUGGAGCGGCUGCUUCAGAUCACAGCCGAUCAGGAGGAAAAGGAGCUGAACAUGAGCCAAACCAUCCAACAUCUGAGAGAGUCCAACACCCAGAGAGAGGAGGAGAAACGAGGACUGACCGAGGCCACGGACCUCCUGAGAGAGGAGCUGAAACAGGAGAAGGAGAAGAAUCAGGAGCUCCUGGAGAUAAACGACAAGAUUCAGACAGAUGUUAAAAAUCUCAGUCAGAGGUUAGAGGAUUCGUUAAACGACGACUGUGAGGAAAGAAACGCUCAGCUUCAGGAGAGAGUGAUGGAGCUGCAGGAGAAAAUCAAGAACCUGAGCGGGGUGUUGAUGAAGGAGAGGCAGGAAGCAGCAGAGAGGGAGGAGCGGACCAACAAGAUGGAUCAGACUCUGAUGAACAUGAGGACACUGCAGGAGGACUUCAGAUCCCUGGACUUGUACUGUCCUGUGGUUAAUCCUCAAACUAAAGGUAUGAAUCAGCUUGUUUUUAAUCUUUAUCAGGGUGUGAAAUGAUGAAUUUCUGAUGCACAAUAUGAUGUAAUGUACACAAAACUAAAUAAGUAUUUAUGCGAGUUCAAAAAUUUCAUCUCGGACAUAUUUUAACAAAGCUGUGUUAUGAAAGCGAGUCAACAUUUAGAUUUCUUCAGCAUCCUGAAAUGGAAUAUAUAUAUAUAUAUAUAUAUAUAUAUAUAUAUAUAUAUAUAUAUAUAUAUAUAUAUAUAUAUAUAUAUAUAUAUAUAUAUAUAUAUAUAUAUAUAUACAGUAUAUUUCUGAGAAAAAAAGUCAGAAUUCUAACUUUAACCUCAGAAUAAUGAUUUAAAAAAUUUAUAUAUGACCUUUUUUUGUUUUGUUUUUCCAGUGGCCCUAAUCCUCAAUAAUAUAAUAAUAAUAAUAAUAAUAAUAUACAAAUAUACAAAUAUAACUCACCUCACACUCAUGACUCCUCCUCUUUGGCAUACGUGGUCCUGACUGAUCCAGCUUUGAGAGAUUUCUCUAUCUUCAUCUGUUCCACAGAGCGGAGCUGUAAAAAGUGUCCAGACAGCUGGAAACUGUUCGACUCCAGCUGUUACUACAUCUCUUCUCGCACGCUCACCUGGAGCUCCAGCAGAGCCUGGUGUCGGACACAAGGGGGCGACCUGCUCGUCAUAAACAGUGAAAGAGAACAGGUAAGAAACAAAGAAGGGGAUGUAAGAUACUAAAACAGAAAAAGGCUGAAAUGAUAUGAUAUGAUAUGCUAUGAUGUGACUGAUCUUUGUCUUAUGUCAGAGGUUUGUCUUCGAGAGCAGCAGAGCUGAGAAGCAGAGCGGCUCCAGGUUGUGGAUCGGGAUGACAGACGCAGAGGUGGAGGGUGAAUGGAGCUGGGUGGACGGCAGCAGAGUCACGUCCAACAUACAGUAAGUGAACAUACAAGGACAGAGUGGACAUAAUGAGGGUGUUAAAACAUUGUUGUGGGUGUUACUUUUUACACAGCUAAAAAGACAUGAAACGAGCUGUAAAAGUGUGACUUAACUGAGAACAGCUGGUGGUCCUCCUGGAGGGUCUUUGAGUAUGUGUUGGGGCAGGUGACAUUGGAAGUAGCCUUGAGGUUAAUCCAGAAGUUCUCCUGCCUCUCCUUGUAACACGGCUGCUCCUCCUGCUGUUUCUCCAGGUUCUGGCUGAGCAGAGCAGGAACAGGAACUGAGCCUGAUAACUGGACACAGGACGACCCUGCAGGAGAAGACUGUGGACACAUAGACAACAGUGAAAGUGUGCUGAGAUCAUGGAUGGACGGAUCCUGCAAGAACUCUUACAGAUGGAUCUGUGAGAAGAGUCUUUAACUUGUCGUUUGUCCAUUUUGAACCAUUUUUCGUGCUGUACAUAAAAUAAAGAGGAAGAAAAGAGGUUAAUCGAAGUACUUGGACCACAGAGAUUGUCAGCGAUCUUUCGCAGGAAAUAAACAUCAAGAACUUUGUCUUUUCUGACUUUUUAUUUAUCUCAAGUACAACUUUAACAGACUGCAUUCACUUUUUUUGUAAAACCAUACAUAACAAAGUCGAAGCAUUGAUUCAACAUAACAAUGCAGACAUAAAACAUGUAAAAAAAGAGGUAAAUGUGAGUUUUCUCAUCUUUUUGGGUUUGUGCAUAAAACAAAUGAAGUGAAAAAAUAAAAACAAAAAAUUAUUAUAUUUUACAAUGUGCUAAUAGUGGCAUUAAAAAUAGAUGUUCUGUCAAUGUGGUGAAAGUCAGUACAGUAAACAGUGUAAAUGUACUGUUGACCUGACAAAUGUUUCUCGAGAUUUUAUGAUUUUUUUCCAUCAGAAGUCUAAAGUUGUUGCAGGUUAUUCCCAGUUUGUUCUCAACACAAUGUUACUGUACUCACAGUUAAAUUUUAUCUCCGGUAACUUAAUUUUUCUGCUUCUCCGUGGACAAAUGUCUAACUCUAGCUGCUGCCAGUCGACUGUUUAUCAAGUUUACCAAUUCAAUUUUGCACCAAAGACAAAGAACUGAUCUACAGAAGGGAAAAAAAAAAGAUAAAUUUUCUUUAAUUCUUAAUUUUCUCUCAGAAAAUGACAAUGAUUAUGUAAUAUCUCAGAGCACUUAAAAAAUAUCAAACUUCAAUGAAUAAAGAAUAAAAUCAGACUUCUAACUUCGAUCUCAGAAUUCUGCCUUUCAUCUUAAAAUUCAGUGAAAAAUUUUCAACAUUUCAGGUAAAAAAAAAAAAAAUCAAAAGUUCAAAAUUUGGUUUUGAUGUUUUCUUUAAAAAACAUUCUUUAAAACUUUAUUCAGAAAAUUUUGGCCUUAAUUUCAGGAUUAUAAUCUUUAAAAAGUCUUAAUUCCAGGUUUAAAACAGAAUUGAGACUUAAAUUUCAGAAUCUGAUAUAAAAUCCAGAAUUCUGAGAAUAAAAUCAGUUUUUAAAAAGUAAUUCUGACAUUCAUAAAAACCUCAGAAUACUGAUUUAAAUCUGAGAAGCCUGACAAAAUUUUUGAUAAAAAUUCUGACCUCAACAAAAAAUGUCAUCACCAGAAUUCAGACUUUAAUCUGAGACUCCUGAUUUUAAUCUUAAAAAUCUGAUUUUAUUCUCAGAAUCUUGAGUUAAAUUCGAGAAGUCUGACAUAAACUUCAAAAUUCUGAUACAAGUAAAAAAAAUUUAGAAUAUAUUUCAGCCCCCGAUAAAGAGGAAAAAAAACAGAAUUCAGACUUUAUGUCAGAAUUAUAUAUAUUUCCAGUGACCCUAAUCCUCUUCUGUAUUCAUUAAACCAAACUAGACACCAAACUGUCGGCGUCCACAUUGUGACAGGGUUAAAGGAAGGAUCACAUUAACUCCUUCAGAACUUUAAGUCUACCAUAAAUUUGGUGCCAGUCCCUCCUCCAGAUGUUGACCCUCUGGGAAGUAAAGCAUUUAUCAGAAGCACUCAAAUUUUUCCUCUGGCCUCCUUGAUCACCUGUUACUAAUUUAACGACAAUUAUUUGUAAAAGUCAUCAAGACAUUUCAUCGUCUUUUUGUUGACCCUGAAUAUGUUCACGAAAUCCCGUAGUAGUCCGUUUUAUUGAUUGUUACUGCAGUUGUGAUCCUGUCUGGGCCUGUGUCGGCCUCCUUGAAACAAAGCAAAGGACAUAAAUCCGGAUCAG